AUGGAUCCUUACACAAGCUGGGACGACAUCGUCCCCACCCAGAGAUCCAGACCUCCACAAGACGAUGACUUCUCCCAGUACUUCUCCGAGUACAAGAACUUCGACAAUCUCUUCAAUGAGGCGCUUACUACACUCCAGGAUCUUGAUGUUCCUCUGGGCUAUCCAGUUGCCACUGCCCCACUGGCACUUUCCAGUCCCUUCCGUCAUGCUAAGAAACCUAGUGGAACUGCCAUCUUUGGCUUUGCUGAACACACAAGAGAUCUAUCUCUCAAUGGACACGAGAUCAGGUUACGGCCCCAUUCUGAAGCUGUAAGAUCCAUUUCGCCAUCGCAGCUAGCAUCUCGCUCAGCGUAUCCUAUCACCAACGACCAGCUUGAUUUCAAUUUUUCGCAGCCAUUGGAGGAGUGCAAGCCUAUUCACUUAGAUGAGGCGGACGAGCUCCCCAAGAAGAGCGAAGAUCUUAUCGUCACCAAUAGCAAUCCAAAGUCGUAUAAAUUUCCUCCUGAUUCGCUGUCACCGCUGCGCAGCCCGUCUCACAACUUUGACGACUUCCUCAGUAAUCCGCUUCCGACCAUCAGACAUCCGAAGCAGACUCAAGAAUAUCCUGAGGAUAUUGAUAUACUAUUGGCAGACUCUAAGACCAAGAAGUACGUUCCGAUUCCGGUCCAGGAGCCAGACAUGAAGUACCAGAUCAAAUCGGGGCCCAUGAAUGGAAUGAGCUCAAUGAAUUCGACCUCCAUGAACAAUGGACCCAUGAACACCUCCAUGAACCCAAACUUGAGCAAAAUGAACAGCAUGAACAACAUGAACUCGGGCAUGUCUACUAUGACCCCAGUUAUGACUCCCGCAGUGGUGAACCCAUCGGCCAUUAGUCCACAAAUGAUGAUGAAGCACAUGUCCCCAAACCAACUGCUGCCUCUCCGAAAUGUCAGCUCGGUCAAUAGAGAUAUGCGGCUGAUACCGGCAGAGCCACUUAACAUCAACAUGAAUGUCUAUUUGCCGCCUCCAUCGACGUCCCUGUCAGCAGAUUCACCAGAGCCUCAUAGUCCUCUGCCUCAAGCAUACUCUUCGCCUAUUCGUCACAACCUGGCGACGUCAGCGUCAUCUCAAUACGAGAAACGCAAUUUCUACAAUCCACAAUUCUUCUCAGAUGAUGCUGAACUCUACUACGAAGACCAGUAUCAGGCUCCACUGUUGAAGUCCUCGCCGAUCAGACCUUACAAUGACAGUUUCAACAACGACACAGUCACCGAUGCCAACGAAACGAUUCUUCAGCUCACUCCGCUUAAGAAUCAGGCACCAAUGACCCCGCUGAAGAAACAGAUCACUUUGGAGUGGAGCCCGAUCAUUUCACCAAAUGAAAAGGCCAAUAACGACGUGCGUAGAGCCAUUCAAGAACUCUCGCCCAAGAGAAUCAUUAAGAAGACGUCGCUACUACCUCCAGGUGAGCUCGACAGGUAUUGGGAAGGUCCCGAUGAGAACAAAGUUUUCACUUGUACCUACAAGAAUUGUGGAAAGAAGUUCACCAGAAGAUACAACGUACGGUCUCACAUCCAGACACACUUGAGUGAUCGUCCUUUCACUUGCACGUACUGUCCCAAGAGCUUUGUUAGGCAGCAUGAUUUGAAUCGUCAUAUCAAAUCCCACAUGGUGUCCAAGCAUUGCAAGUGCAAGUGUGGCAAAGAAUUCACACGUGUCGAAGGUUAUAGAAAACAUUUGACUAAUGGAAUCUGCUCUAGAACAACCGAAAGUGAAGGAGGAGUCCUGAAACCUGGCUAUAACAAGCACAAGGGGGAGAAUAUAUUGGAUGGUCUCACCUCUAACAGGUUGAACGACGAAUUGGGCUUGUAA